AUGCCUUCAGAUCUACUCGCUAAUUGGAAGUGCAGAGUUGAGUUUGAGGCGGGAAAACUACAAAGAGUCCAUUAAGAUUUACAAACAGAGCUUGCGGGCCAUCGAAGACUUGGAUUCGAACCACGCGGUAGGGCAAUUAGAGGACGUGCAUUUGGCUCUCGGAAUGGUCCGGAAAGAGAUUCAGAACAAGAUUGCGGAAGUGGAGCGACUAGACUUACGCAGAAACAUUGUAAACUCUGAUGAUGCCAGAAGUGUAAUCAACGAACCAGUGCUUUACAACGGUCUCCACAGUUUUCAUACCAAUAUCUUGAAUUUGGUAAAGACGAAAACGGAAUUAAAACCCGGGAUUUCGUCCUUCGAUAUCGAAAGAAGCAUCUCAAAAGAGGUCACAUCAUUGUUGCAAGAAUUAGCUUUGAAAGAACAGCAAAAAUCCAAAGACUAUACGGCCAAAAUUGAGCAGUUAUGCAAGGAAAACAAACAGUUGACCAUGCAGAUCAAUAAACUCAAAGAGCGCUGGGACAGCUUGGUCGAAAGUGCCAGACAGAAACGCAACCAACAGCACGAAUAG